AUGUUAUUUUUGUUGUUAUUGUUGCUGUUAUUAUUAUUGUUGUUGUUGUUGUUGCUACCGCUGUUACUGUUAUUGUUAUUUUUGUCGUUGUUGCUGAUUGUUGUUAUUAUUGUUGCUGUUGUUAUUGUUGUCCUUGUCAUUGUUGUUGUUACUGUUAUUAUUGUUAUGGCUGCUAUUAUUGUUAUUAUCGUUAUUGUUGUUACUGUUGAUUGUUUUUUUGUUGUUACUGUUGUUAUUGUUGUUGUUGUUGUUCCUGUUGUUAUUGUUGUUGUUGUCAAUGCUGUUGUUACUGUUGAUUAUUGUGGCUUUCAUCAUGAUGAAUUAAUCAAGCUAACCCUGGUAGUUAUUACUGUAAUUGAUAUCUACCAUGAUAUAUCAUUAAUUAAACCUCCGUAA